ACGCGCGCACCGGGAGCCGCUCGGCCGUACCGGCGGAGCCGCCGCCGCCGCCGCCGCCAACCCCCGCCCCGGGGGCGGCUGCCCCGGCGGAGCCUCCAUCUGCAGCCCGGCGGCGGAGCGGGAACAUGGCGGACCUGGAGGCGGUGCUGGCCGAUGUCAGCUACCUGAUGGCGAUGGAGAAGAGCAAGAGCACCCCGGCGGCCAGGGCCAGCAAGAAGAUCACCCUGCCCGAGCCCAGUAUCCGCAGUGUUAUGCAGAAAUACCUCGAGGAAAGGGGUGAAUUAACCUUCGACAAGAUCUUUCAUCAGAAAAUUGGAUUUUUGCUCUUUAAAGACUAUUGCAUGAAUGAGAUCGAUGAAGCUGUCCCUCAGCUGAAGUUCUAUGAGGAGAUCAAGGAGUACGAGAAGCUGGACUCGGAGGAGGAGCGGCUGUCGCGGAGCCGGCAGAUCUACGACACCUACAUCAUGAAGGAGCUGCUCUCCUGUUCCCACCCUUUCUCAAAACAAGCUGUAGAUCAUGUACAAACACAUUUAGCCAAGAAACAAGUGCCAGCCAGCCUUUUCCAGCCAUAUAUAGAAGAAAUUUGUGAUAGUCUCCGAGGAAAAAUAUUUCAAAAAUUUAUGGAAAGUGACAAGUUUACUAGAUUUUGUCAAUGGAAAAAUGUAGAGCUAAAUAUUCAUCUGACCAUGAAUGAUUUUAGUGUACAUAGAAUAAUAGGAAGAGGGGGAUUUGGUGAAGUGUACGGCUGCAGAAAAGCAGAUACUGGAAAAAUGUAUGCAAUGAAAUGUUUAGAUAAGAAGAGAAUUAAGAUGAAGCAAGGAGAAACAUUAGCCUUAAAUGAAAGAAUUAUGCUGUCUCUUGUCAGUACAGGAGACUGUCCUUUUAUAGUCUGUAUGACCUAUGCCUUCCACACCCCUGACAAGCUCUGCUUCAUUCUGGACCUCAUGAAUGGAGGAGAUUUGCACUACCACCUCUCCCAGCAUGGAGUGUUUUCUGAAAAAGAGAUGAGGUUUUAUGCUACUGAAAUCAUCCUGGGGUUAGAGCACAUGCACAAUCGCUUCGUGGUGUACAGAGACCUGAAGCCUGCAAAUAUCUUGCUGGAUGAACAUGGGCACGUGAGGAUAUCAGACCUUGGGCUGGCUUGUGACUUUUCCAAAAAGAAGCCACAUGCCAGUGUAGGAACCCACGGGUACAUGGCCCCCGAGGUGCUGCAGAAGGGCACAGCCUACGACAGCAGCGCCGACUGGUUCUCCCUGGGCUGCAUGCUCUUCAAGCUGCUGAGGGGGCACAGCCCUUUCAGGCAGCACAAAACCAAAGAUAAGCACGAGAUCGACCGGAUGACGCUCACGGUGAACGUGGAGCUCCCGGAUUCCUUUUCUCCUGAGCUGAAGUCCCUUCUGGAAGGGCUCCUGCAGCGGGAUGUGAGCAAGAGGCUUGGAUGCCAAGGAAGAAGCGCACAAGAAGUAAAGGAACAUCCUUUCUUCAAAGGCAUUGAUUGGCAACAAGUCUAUUUACAGAAGUACCCUCCUCCCCUGAUUCCUCCCCGGGGAGAAGUCAAUGCAGCAGAUGCUUUUGAUAUUGGCUCGUUUGAUGAAGAGGACACUAAAGGCAUUAAGUUGCUUGAUAGUGACCAGGAGUUAUAUAAGAACUUCCCUCUGGUAAUAUCGGAGCGUUGGCAGCAAGAAGUAGCAGAAACUGUUUAUGAUGCAGUAAAUGCAGACACAGAUAAAAUUGAGGCCAGAAAAAGGGCUAAAAAUAAGCAGCUUGGCCACGAGGAAGAUUAUGCCCUGGGCAAGGACUGUAUCAUGCAUGGCUACAUGCUGAAGCUGGGGAACCCCUUCCUGACUCAGUGGCAGCGGCGUUACUUUUACCUCUUCCCCAACCGGCUGGAGUGGCGAGGAGAAGGAGAGUCCCGGGACCUCUGGACUAUUUAUACAAAAAAACACAAACUGCAAAACCUGCUGACAAUGGAACAAAUAGUAUCUGUUGAAGAAACACAAAUUAAAGAUAAGAAAUGCAUCUUACUGAGAAUUAAAGGAGGAAAACAGUUUGUCCUACAGUGUGAGAGCGACCCCGAGUUUGUUCAGUGGAAGAAAGAGCUGACAGAGGCUUUCACCGAGGCGCAGAGGUUGCUGCGCCGGGCUCCGAAGUUCCUCAAUAAAUCCCGCUCCACAGUCGUAGAGCUCUCGAAGCCCCCGCUCAGCCACAGGAACAGCAACGGGCUGUAGGAGACACCGACCACGUUCCCACGGGGAGAGCUGCUUGGUGAACCUGCAGAGUGUCCCGAAUCCUUGUGAACGAAUGACUUUGUGCAGCCCUGGAGGCGGGAUGCGCUGGCGGGAGGAGGAAUUCGAUGUUUACAGCGUGGGGCCACGUCAGGACUCUGUCUCCGGCGGCGGGGGGACCCUGCCCCAAGCGGGUCACCGGGCGGAGAGGCUGCUCCUUGUCCCACGCGUCCCCAACCCCGGCGGGGCCCGGCUGAGCUCCGUCCCUCUGGAACUACUGAUGGAAGGAAGAGGCUUUGUGUCCCCGCCGCGGGGGUGGCGCGGGUGCUGCUGGCUGGGUGACACUCCCGCGGUGACACCGAGGGAGCCGGAGCUGCCGCCCGGCCGUGGUGGGUGCCUGCCCCUCGCUCUGUCGUGUUGCCGUGUCCUUCCCGACCAUUACUGCUGACUCUCUGAUAACCUUGCUCCAUACUGCUGAUGAUCAACAGUGUGACUCUGAUGCACUUCAAAGUACUGAAUUCUUAACUGUCCUGUGGUUUAAGUGUUAUUGCUACUUCAUGGGAGCGUUGAACUCGAAUUAUUCCCUGGGUUUGUUGUACUCACUAAUAGUAGCUACCACCGUUUUGCUUCUUCUACGUAUAUGCAGUACUAUAACUGACACAAUAGAGUAAUAAUUGGUGAAGAGGAAUUUAUGGUAGCUUCAUCUAGUGCUCUGUUGUAUAAAUCGACUAUUUUAGCACAGUUUUUAAAGAGCAGAUUCCUUUUGACAAGUUUACAGUGAACAUAAAAGACAGUUCUUUUCCAUUUCAGGUCAACUGCACUUUUUAAAAAAAAAAUUAAAAAGAAAUUAUUCAAAUCCAGUGCAUUGUAGAGCAUGUGCUGGGUUCUGGUGUGUGUGGGUACCUCGGUACGUAUCCCAGAUCACUCCUCAGCCCUGGGACUCGGGAUCCUCCUCUGCUGUACACAGGUGUGUUCCCGUAGCAUAGAAAUCCCCAAAAAUCCCCAGUUCCCCCUGGAGCCAGGCCCAGGAGGUUCAUGCACAUAUCACAGCUUGGCUUGGGAAAGGAUCUCUCAUUUUCUGUUCUGAAGAGUUCAAACUGCCCACAGUGAAGGCAGUGUGAUAAAACUGAGCGUGGAGCUGACAGAAUGAGCUGAUCAAAUGGUUUCUGUUAAUUCUACCUGAGGCAUCAAGUGUGCUGGGUGGAAAGCCUUGCUUGAAGGAAAGAUCUCAUCCUGAGCUGUCCCACAGCUUCAAGCUGGGCCUUGCCCUGGGUGUUGUGGUGGUUUGUAAGAGAGAGGUCAGGGCUGAACUUCAGCUGUUUUCCCAAUUCAGUGAACGGCUUAGAGAAGAUUUUUCUUCCCAGCUACAGAGGUACAACUCUCACAGUCCCUGAAGAUAGUGGAGCUGUGCCUGUGUAAGUGGGAGUAGAAAUCGUGCGUGGUUUGUCGAGCGUGUGUGGCUGUCAGAGUUCCUUGGAGAAAAGUAGUAAAAGUGGCUCUGUUUGCUUCUGCAUGGGAGCUGGGUUUGCUGCACAGCUUGUACAAACCCUGGCUGACCACCUGGGGCUGCACCAAAGGGAAAAUGCAUUCUGGAAAAUACCCCUGAGAAAGUGGUUUCUUUCCAUGAUUUCCCCCCCCCUCCACCCCUAUUUAUUUUCCCAAUUAUUCUGUGUAAACAGCACCAGCCUCUCUGUUAUUCCUCAGAGCAUCUCAGCUCCUCUGUAAGGAGCAGUGUCAGAGGUGGUUGGUCAGAGGUUGGACUUGAUGAUCUUGGAGGUCUUUUCUGACCUAAAAUAAUUCCAUGAUUCUUUGUGUGGUAUUUAUAAUGUGUUCGGGAUAAAAAUGUCUCAUCCCGCUGGUGGUGGUUCAGCUUUCCCUACAAUACCAUGCAAUGCUCGUGUUUUUCUCCUUGAUUUAGAAAAAAGCCCUUGGAUUGUGUUAAAACCUUCUCACAGUUCUUGUGUAACUUGUUUUUACUUUCUGAGUCCCUGCUCAGUCCCAUUCUUCUCCUUCAGUUAUUUUCCAUGGCUGGAUUUCACUCUCACUCCGUGUCAGCAGAUUGCGGUGCCGAUGUCAGUGAGGGAGGAGCAGGUCAUCAGCUGGGAAAUUGUGCCUCAAACCCAGAGAUUUUAUAUGAAAUGAAGGCUGUAUAUUGUCUUAGGGAAAUAAAUUUAUUUUGAAAUGUGAAGGAUUUAGAGUGGCCCUGGAAUAUCCUCAUUAUGGUGCCCCAUCCAACCUCCAGUGGGAGGGGCAGGAAAAGAUUUGGAUUUCUUCAGCCAGCUGUGAUUUAUUGACAAUUGAAAAUAGCUUUAUUUUUGUGACUUGUAUCUAACUGUGCAGCUAGGAGAGGAGAGGUUAUCACAGUGACAAACUCCUGAAUGAAGGUGGGUUCCCUGUAAUAAAUGGGGCUCUGUGUGGAAAAGUGACUGGAUGUGUGGAGGGAGAGCUGGAAUUGCACUCUCCAAACCAAAAAGUCCUAGAUACUGCCCCAGUCUGUUCCUUCUUGGUUUAGGAACCAGAGUCUCUGAAGUUUUUGUAUUGGACAAAGAUUCCUGGUAGUGUUAAUUUGCAGGAAGGUUUUUGGCUGUGUGAUUAGGAUCCCUUGUUUAUUUGCUAAUUAUUUUGCAAAUUCAUGAAACCGUUAAAGGAGCGUUUACUGUGGGGUGUUUUUUGUGGUUUUUUUUUGUUUGUUUGUUUUGGUUUUUUUUCCAAUCCUUCAUCCAAGUGUUGGCCAUCCACUUCUCCAAGCGUAAAUCUUCUUCCUCUUUGUUGUGUCUGAGCUUUUUGUGUUCUUGUCCCUGGUCCAGCAGAGCCAGCAGGCUGCAGGCUCACGGGUCCUUCCCAAAGUGCUGCUGUGAGAGAAGCUGGAGUAAUGCUGGAGUGCAUCCAGCUGGGAUUGACAUUCCUGGUAUGUUCCCCCACCCCCCAGCAGGCUUCAAAAACUCUUGGAGCAGGCUAAUAAUAGCUGGAAGUGUGUCUGGAAGGGAAGCCUGGCAGGUAGGGAGAGAGCAGCUUUGGGGACAGAGCUCGGCUUAGUCACAUUCGAGUUUUCCUCAAUUUCUUGGGGCUGCCCUGAGCAGAGACAGGAGUUGGACCCUGGUGAUCCUUUUGGGUCCCUUCCAGCUCAGGAUAUUCUGUGAUUCAACACCUCCCCUUUAGAAACCCAGUGGAAGAUUUUCCUCUCCCACUUCCCUCAAGGGGGGCAAAACCUAAAAAUGGAAUUGUGAGGUCGGGUUUGGCUUUGAGAUAAAUCAGAUGUUUGCAGCCCAACGUGGAGGUGGUGGAAACACUGGUUUGUGCUAAAAAAGGCUGGUUUUGGUUGUGAUCCUGCCCAUAGUGGCCACUGGUGCCCAGAGGAGCUCUGGGGGUUGAUGUUCCCUGAGCAGGACCAGCCCUGGCAUCGUCAUCCCUUGGGUCACAGGGAAUCAGCUCGUGAGGAGUGAAAUCCCUGGAGCUCUGAGUUGCUCUUUCCCUGGCAGCUGGUCAGCUUUAGGACCAGGUUCCUUGAUCCCGUGUCCAUAUCCGUGUCCUGCAGCCCUUGGCACAGCGGUGUCACCGCCCAGCACGUGGCACUGACGUGGCUCCUCUGCCUCAGAGGUGUUUGCACCCAAAAUAUCCCCAGAGGAAGGACUCUUUGAAGUGUACAGUAGACAAUAAAUAAUUCUAGUCGUGUUGAUUAAUAUAAGGAAUGAGUCAGUUCUAUAAAUGAAAGGAAAAAAAAAUUCUGAAAAGUGUAUUUUGACAAAGCAUAGUAUUAAUUUUAAUAUUGUAAAAAAAAAAAAAAGGAAAAUAUCUAAAAUAUACAGAGAAAAUAUGUAUAUCCAAAUGUCUGAGGAGUUUCAAGAUAAUCUACUUUUGUUUUCUGUUGGUUUCUAUUCUAUGGUGUACAUAUUGUGUGGAUGGAACAUCGGCUGUUUUAAUUCUAUUGUUAAAUUGUAUUUUUAUUUUGUGUUAAACUAAUCAUCACAGACUCAGCUUUAUUUUGUUUAUGUAAAGGUUGCUAUGCUCUGUAGGUAUAAACCCGAGAAUUCUAUUUUAACAGAAAAAGCAUUUUAUAUUAUUUAUUAAAUACAUGUUUCUCCAACUUCUGACAUUCCACAGAAUUUCUGCUCCGUAUAUGUAUGGAAGUGGCAGCUCCUUUCAAGCAGGAUCAGCCAGCUUUAUUCUGUUUUUCAUGACGAAGUAGGGAUAGAUUCCCUGAGCCUGUGCAGCCCUUCACUCCCUGCACAGGUACUCCAGGCUCUCUGCUCCUGAAUGCAGAAUCACCUGGAAAACUCCUGCAAAUCCACCCCUCCAUGGGAUAUUUCCAAAUUUCUCCUUUAUCCCUCAGAAUUCCCAGAAUAAGUGUUUAUUCACAGGAGUCUGUGCUGAGUUAAAGAGAAUUAAUGACCUAAAGUGGGCCAAGGAGUCAGCGUGGGGUUUGAUCCAGCUCAGCCAUCAGGGAAUUGCAGAGCUCUGGGAAGGAGUGAGUGGAAGGAGAGUCUGGACACGGGGCUGGGCUGCAGGACCCAAAAUGUCCCCACUGGAGAUGGGUUUGGUGUUUCAGGGCAUCCCCUGAUCCCUCAGAACAGGAUCCUGAGGCAGGAGCAGUGCCUGUCCUAGAGCCAGGGCAGGACCCUGCUUGGUGUCACAUCCCAGGGGAGGAGAGGCCACCAGGGACCCUGCAGGGACCGUCCCUGGGGUGUGGGGACGGUGACACCCAGGUGACACCCAGGUGACACCCCGGCAGGACCAGGAGCUGCCUCUGCUGGGCACAUCUGGGCACAUCUGCAGAGCCAACCCCAGUGCCUCUGUCCUCAGUGAGGUACAGAAAUAGCCCUAAAUUUAUCAGGUCUCUCAGUUCCUAAAAAUAAUUCCAGUUGUGAGCAUGGGCUGUGCAGUUUGAGGAGUACUCGAGGUGUGAGAUUGUGUGCUCUCAUGGUGCUGGGGGUCUGUGCUGGUCAGGGCUGAUCCCCGUGGCACUGCUGGGUGAAAUGUGGUAUUUUCCAUUGCCACACUGUGCUGGAAUUCUCUCCUUGCUGAGGAGCUGCCUGGGGCAGGGAGGGAUCCCUGCUGUGCUCCUUAGAGCAAUCUCUGCCUUCUUUCCCAUUUCCUGCUCUGAUCCCACUGGAUUUUGGGAUGAGCUGUAGUCCAAGCUGUGCCUGGAGGGAGGGGGGAGCUGGCAGUGGGUGACACUGUGCUGGUGGCAUUGUGACUCCCUAGUGACCCCUGGAAAAGUGCCGUGGUGGGGACAGUGCUGAGACCAGGGCAGCUGGCCUGGGGUGUCCAGGCAGGGAUUUGGCAGAGAACCUGGGGACAGCUGCAGGAAGGUGGCUUUGUCCAGGGCCAGGUUGGUCUGGGUUUUGUGUGACACGCUGUGUUUCCAGGCUGGAAAAGGAGAUGGGCUGGGAAGAGGCUUUCCUGUUGGUAGCAGGCAUCUUCUCCUCAGGGAAAGGGAGAGAGCAGGCAGUGGGUGAGAUGGCACAAAAAAAAACGUGUGUGAAAAACAGAAUAAAGCAGGAGCAUCCUCGGAGAGGGGAUUUGUGAGCGCUUCUAGUGCCUCACUAGGUCCUUUAAAGCAAAAAGGAGCAGAUUCACACGAACAGCUACUCGCCAUGAAGGAAACGAUCGAAAGAGAACCUGUCCAAAAUGUGUAAUUAAUGGUAAGCAAAGCCAGGAUCUGUAAAUAACUUUAGAUAUUGUAUCGAUGAGAUCAUUCCUUGUUUUAUGUACUUGGCUCUUUCCAUAUUUAUUGUGGGGAGGGGGGUCCCGGUGCCUGUGAGCUGUGGCCUCGCUCCUCACGGACUGUCCCGGAGUUUACAGCCCCGUGGUGGCGGGUGUGCCACACUCGGUUCUUGCCGCCAGUAUUUUUUUAAGGGAUUAUUUUGGCACAGCUAAGCUGCUUCUGUGUGUUGGUCAGUACAACUGCUCUCCUACGACCAGACCCCAAUAAAAACCGUCCUUUGCGUGUGU